CAGCCGCCGCGGAGGCAAAAAUCCUCUCUUUUCGCUCAAGAGUUUGGCUUUUGAAGCGGAAAACCUGCGAGCACACUACAGCGUAAAUGCGUAUUUCCUUCACCGUGGUUAUUAUUAUUUUUUUUUUAACUCUCCACAAACACCGCAUCAUCAAACACACACUCGGCGCCCACACAGCGCGUAACGUAACACGGGUUUGUCCGCCUCUGUUCUGGGCCAACGCGAGACUUCUUGAGUGGCGCAGCGGCCGCGUGUUUCCGUGCACUUGACGCAUCUCGUUUUCCAUUCCGUGUGUGCGGGGAAAUGGGCCGCCGCGAUCCGCAAACGUCGUCGUCGUCGUGAAACGUGCGAAGCAGCGGAGGGGCGGCUAAACGGAGAGGGAGAAGGAGAAGGCAAAGGCGAGGAGAAGUGCGAAAAGUGUUUGGGGUUAUGUGCAAGAUUCCCCUCGAAGGGACCUUUCACCUGGCGGAGAAUCGGGAAAACCAAAACGGAGACGCAGACGUAAUCACAGACUCGACUCGCUAAUUGCGCGAAAGCCAGACCACUCCAACGUGCAAUUGCAGCUGCAGCUGUGCGGCACGGCCCGUACCAGGAACCAGAAGCAAAAGAGGAGAAAUACAAACAAACAGAAAACGAAAAGGGCACCAGCAGCAGCACCACCGGCGGGAACAUGCUGGAGUCCCAUUACAACGCCAUGCUCAGUGCGGUGGCCUCUGCCUCCGUCUCUGCUGCUGCAGCCGCCGCCGCCGCCUCCGCCGACGACAACAAUAGCCACAGCAACACAAACAGCAGCAGCAACGGCAGCUCUGUGGACAUUAUUGGCAGCCAGGAGGUGUCCAUUGUCAGUCCCAUGGCCAUGCCCAUUGCCCGCGGCCAAGAGUCACCGCCCAGUGGCCAGGAAACACCACUAAGCGACGAGGAGGUGAACUUUCUAUGGAAAACCCAGGUUAUUUGUAGUGAACUGCUGCGCGACGACCAGUGCCCGCUGUCCCUCACGGCCAAGCGGCACAAGGAACUGAUCCAGUCCAUGCAGUACGAGCGACAGCCUUGGCGCAUCCGGGAGCGCAUGAAAACGGCCAGUGUGGCUCUGGUGCUCUGCCUAAACAUUGGCGUCGAUCCGCCGGAUGUGGUGAAAAUCCAGCCUUGCUCGCGUCUCGAAUGCUGGAUAGAUCCCAGCUCGGUGUCGCCGCCCAAGGCCAUGGAGCAGAUUGGUAACAACCUGCAGAUGCAGUACGAGAGAUGGCAGCCGCGGGCGCGUUACAAAAAGUGUCAUGAUCCCACCGUCGAGGAUGUGAAGAAGCUAUGCACCUCGCUGCGCCGCAAUGCCAAGGGCGAGCGCAUCCUCUUCCACUACAAUGGCCAUGGAGUGCCCAAGCCCACGGCCAAUGGCGAGAUUUGGGUGUUCAACAAGACCUUCACCCAGUACAUACCGCUGAGCAUCUUUGAGCUCAUCACCUGGAUGUCGGCGCCCUCGAUUUAUGUGUACGACUGCUCCAAUGCUGGGAUUAUUAUCAACUCCUUCCAGCCAUAUGCGGAGCAGCAUGAACACGAGCUGGAGAAGGCUUUGGCCGCCGCCCAGCAACGUGGCGGAGGAGGAGUGCAGCAGCUGCAGCUGGCGCCGGGAGCUACUGGUGCCGCCAACCAGGUGCAGCUGCCCAACCAGCUGGUCAGCUAUAAGAACUGCAUACAUUUGGCCGCCUGUGCCGCCAAUGAGAUUCUGCCCAUGAAUGCCCAGCUGCCGGCGGAUCUGUUCACCAGCUGCCUGACCACACCCAUUAACAUAGCCCUCAAGUGGUAUGCCAUGCAGGAGAAGCUGGGCAUGGUGCCGCGCAUCCAGAGCGAGCUGAUUGACAAGAUACCAGGCAAGGUCAACGAUCGCCGCACCAUGAUGGGCGAGCUCAAUUGGAUUUUCACCGCCAUUACGGACACGAUAGCCUGGAAUACCUUGCCCCGCGAGCUGUUCCAGCGUUUGUUCCGCCAGGACUUGCUGGUGGCCAGUCUGUUUCGUAAUUUUCUGCUCGCCGAACGCAUCCUGCGCAGCCACGACUGUACGCCAGUGUCGCUACCCGCUCUGCCUCCUUGCUACCGUCAUCCCAUGUGGAAGGCCUGGGACCUAGUGGUGGAUCUGGCCCUGCAACAGCUACCGGAUAUACUUGAUCACAAUGCUCCUUACCGGCAGUUGCCCUUCUUUGAGCACCAGCUAACCGCCUUCCAGGUGUGGCUGGACAGUGAAUCGGAGUCACGAACGCCGCCGGAGCAGCUGCCCAUAGUGCUGCAGGUGCUGCUGUCGCAGGUUCAUCGCCUAAGGGCACUGGAGCUGCUGGCCCGCUUCCUGGAUCUGGGUCCCUGGGCUGUUAAUCUUGCCCUGGGAGUGGGCAUCUUUCCCUAUGUGCUCAAGCUGCUCCAAAGUUCAACGCGGGAGCUGCGACCCGUUUUGGUGUUCAUUUGGGCCAAGAUUCUGGCCGUUGAUCCCAGCUGCCAGGUGGAUUUGGUCAAGGAAUACAAGUACUUCUUGUCCGUGCUGCAGGAUAUCACCGUCUCCAAGGAGCACCGCACCCUGUCCGCCUUUGUGCUGGCGUCCAUUGUGCACAAUUUCCUGCUGGGCCAGACGAGCGCCCUGCAGGGUCCCUUGCUGUCCAUUUGUUUAGAGCAGCUCAACGAUGGCAGUUGGCUGCUGCGCCAGUGGCUGGCCAUCUGCUUGGGCCUGCUAUGGCAGAACUUUGAGAAGGCUCGCUGGUCGGGAGCCCGUGAUUUGGCCCACGAGAAGCUGUAUGUCCUGCUAAGGGACUCGAUUCCGGAGGUGAGAGCCGCCGCCGUCUUUGCUCUGGGCACCUUUAUCAGCUCGGUGACGGAUCGCAGCGAGGAGCAGGCCAACAACAUUGAUCGUAUCAUUGCCAUCACCAUGCUGGAGACUGUGGGCGAGGAUAUGUCGCCGCUGGUGCGCAUGGAACUGGCCGCUGCCCUCCAGUGGAUGGUGCUGCUCUUUGAAUCGCAAUUUGUGGCCGUUUAUCUGGCGGAGCACAUGCGUGGCCAUGCCUCCUCCGCCUCCUCGUUUGUGAUGUGCGGCGAUCCCCGGGAUUUGGCCUCAUCCACGCACAGUUUGGAGCGGCAUGUGACCAUGCGGAGGGGCGCCAGUUCCAGCUCUAUAUCCAAUAUGGGCGGUGCCUCGGGCACUUCCAGCAGCGGCUACUCCUCUGGCACUUCGGUGCGCUCCAAGAGCGGCUCGGGUGGCAGUUCAUCAGCGGCAGCAGGAGCAGCUGGCGGCACCAACACCAUACCCUUCCAGUCGAUCUUCACCAAACUGUGGCUGGGCAUCUGCAAUCUCGCCCAGGAUCCCUUUCCACGGGUGGCGGCCAUUGCCCAGGAGAUUGUGGACCAUGUCAGGGACACCGCCCUCUGCCCCAUUAUGGCGGCCAAGGAGGCCACCAUUGCCACGGCCACGGAAAAGUGCAGCAGCCUAAGCGUAAGCCUACCCCCAAGUCCAAAUACCAGGGGCAACUACCUAGGCGGAGGAGGAGGAGCUGGCGGAGCAGCCGGUGAAUCUCCGCCCGUGGGAGCAACUGCAUCUGGAGCCAGUCACUGGGCCCAGAAGCUGCGACUAUCAGGCAGCGGUGGUGUGGCCGGAGGAGCUGCCGGCGGUGAUCCCCAGGCGAUCCUGCAGCGCAAGCUGCGCACCAGCUCGAUCAACGAUGAGACUGACAGUGGAAUUGGCUACUCCCGAGGAUCGGGUGCCGUGGGAAUGGGCCUGCCCAGCGGUCCCCGGGAGAGCACCCAUUCGGCCAGGAGCAGCGGCAGCGAAAGCAAUCAGUACUUGGAGCCGGGCGGACACUGUCUGACGCCCAUUGUGCAAACGGAGUUCAUACCCUGGGCCAUUUCCUACUUCACCCGGCCGGGCAAGGAUCGCUACAGCAGCGCCGAGGGUGCGGCGGAGGAGGGACGCCAGCGUUUCCCCAUCGAUCGGAAUUCCACGGAGCUGCGACGCAGACGGAGUCGCUACCUGCGCAACGACUAUGUCCGGCGGAUGGCGCGUCGCCAGCAGCAGGAGCAGAGCGAUCGCUUUGCCUACGAUGUGUGCGUGUGGAACCGGAAGACGCAGUUCACGCCCUCCAUUGUCAGGCUGCUGCCGUAUGAGCCGCAGAUAGCGGUGGCCUACCGGGAGAAGGUUUUGGUCUACGAUUUCCAAUGGAAUUCGGUGCGUACGUACGGCGCCGAGGCUCUGGGCGGUGCCGCCAGCACUAUCAAUAGCUCGGGCUCGGGCUCUGGAUCCGGUUCCUCCUCCUCGCUCAAUGGCAGCACACCCCGCAAGUCGGGUUCGACGUUAACCAACUUUGCCCGCGUGAGCAGCAUCGAGUUCAUCAAUGCCCAGGAUCAGGCCCUCAAGCUGGUGGCCCACGAGGACGGUGUGGUGCGUGUCUGGCAGUCCUCGCCCUCGAACAACUCUGCUCCCGAGGAUCCGCCAGCCAAGGCGCGUAUGGUUACAGCCUGGACAGCCUUGGGUUUGCCCACGGUUCAGGGUUAUCGGCAACGCAACAUUUCCUCGGGCGGGAGCCUUGGCAAGGGUGCAGCAGGAGCAGGAGCAGCAGUAGCUGGAGGAGGAGGAGGAGCAGCAUCAGGAGAUGCCUCGAGCUUAGCCGGAAUCGGCAGCAUCGUCACCGCCUGGCAGCAGUGCAAUCAACACCUGGUGGUGGCCGGCGGCGGCUGUCGGUUCCUUCGAAUAUGGGACGUGGAGAGGGAGCUAAAGCUCAGCGAUAUACCGCUGGGACGCAGCGAAACCAGUGCCCGGGUGCUGGCACCCUACCUGCCCAACAUGCGCUGCGACGUUAUCCUAGCCGGCUGCGAGGAUGGCAGCGUCCGGCUCUUUGAUAGCCGCUGCUCCCUGCAAUAUUCCCCGAUCUCCGUGCACCGGCGUCAUAGUGCGCCCAUUCUGCACGCCUGCCUGCGCGCCAAUACCCCAAUACUGGUCAGUGGCUGCUCCGAGGGACGCAUUAGUGUGGUGGAUAUGCGAGCGGGUGCCGGGAAUCGGGUGCUCUACGAAUGGGAUGCCGGCGGGGAUGUGACGGCGAUUGCCAGUCACCAGAUAGCGGAUAGGGUGGCCUGCGGCAAUGCCUCAAAGAUUGGCAUCUACUCGAUGGAUGGACGCGUCCAGAAGGUGCUGCGAACGAACGAGGGCUUCAUUGGCCCGAAAAUUGGCCAUCCCACCUGCCUGUCAUUCCACGCGUACAAGGUGCAGCUGGCGGUGGGCUUUGUGGACAAUACGGUGGCCAUCUACAGUCCCACGCCAGUUCUAUAAGCGCUGUGACAGGUGGAAAACUGACGUCGAUAAGAAUCCCGAAACCUUGGUUAAUGCACGCCUUUUCCUUGCGGAGCCGCCCAUACAGUCAGCAGUGGAGCAGUUGC